GGUUUUAUUCUAGGGUUUCUUUAAUGCCCCCUCAAUUAAAUGCAGCAUUCAAUAACCGGCUUUUCUGUGUCUAUGAAUUGUGGAUCAUCUGUUUUGUUAAUUGUUUGUCUGUUGAUGCAGCAUUCUCCUUCAUUUAGAGGAACAGAGAUUCCGUUCUGAUUUUUGAUUUUUGUUGUGUUGAUCCUGUGAUUGGUGUUUGAUUGAUUUAUAAUUUGUUUUUUUUUGCAAAGUCUUCUGGGAGAUUUUCAAAUUGGAUUCUACGUUUUCCAUGGCCGAAGAAAUUAUCGAUUCACUGUUAACUCCGGAAAAAACUGAAUUGGAAAGCAAGGACAUAAUAAGCAAAAAUUCUGCUGCAAAUUCGGAAUCUCCGAUUAGUGGACACAAUGCGCAUGUCCGCUCUAACAUAGCAUCCAUUGGUUCCCAUCAUGCUGGAGACAGUUCAACGAGAAAUUCAAGCGACAAAUCAGAUUCCGUCAACAGCGGUCGGAACGUGGUUCCUCAUUAUCUCAGAGCUUCCACUGGUUCUUGCCAUGAUUUGUGUAAAUACGGAGGAAAACAUUCGUUUGAAAAGGCAAAGAAGCCCCUACGAAGAAGAAUUGCAAAAUCUUUGUCCAGUGAGAUGUAUACUGUGGAGAUUACGGUUUCUGGUGACAAAAAGAAGGAAAAGGUUGUCUAUGAAAAUUCCGAGACGGAGACCAAAAACCAUUUACCUGACACCAAAUCCUAUUCUCGAGACCCCAAGACAUCCUUGGACAAGGAAAAAACAGUGAGGAACCAGCCUGUAAUAGAUACCAAAAUUCGUUCACCUGUCCUUCCGUCUCCUGGUACUAAAUCCAAGAAAAUUCGUUCACCUGACGUUUCUUCUCCUGGUACGAAAUCCUAUUCUCGAAAACCCAAGACAUCAUUGGAUAAGGAAAAGACAGUGAAGAACGACAAGACUUCAACUGAUACCAAAAACCAUUCACCUCACCUGCCUUCUCCUAUUACUAAAUCCUAUAUGCGAAAACCCAAAAUUUCUCCCGUUGCCAAAACUUUUUCCCCACAGAAAAUUUCACCUGUUAAUAAUAGUAAGACCAUUUUGCCAACUCAGAAUCUUGCUUCACCAGAUCCCCCUGAACUUGUCAAAAGUGUAUCCUUUCCAUCUAAAAAGAUCGAAGGUCGAGUAAAACAAGGUUCUUCUUCCACAGAUAAUAAAGUCUCAAGAGCUGAGAAAAAGACAACUUAUAUGCCCAAACAGCAUCCCACUGCUAUGAAGCCUGUUAAGCUUAAACCAUCAUCUUCAUCCGACUAUUCAAAUGACACACGUGGGAAAGGGAAAAGAAAUAGUAAUGAGGAAACGGGCCAAAAUACGAGAGCAUCAAUCAAAUCUGCAAAGAAAGUACCGGAACCUACUACUGCUAUUUUGUCCCGUAAAGUUCCUGUCAUCAAGACAGCAUACAAUAUUACAGGAAGAACCAGAAACCCGAAAUUGGUGUUGCCAUUGACGGCUCAAACUAGGAUACGCAGGAUCAAGACCAAGACAUCCACAAAUCAGAAGAUUCCCGAGAAAACCUUGCAUGUCAUCAAGAUAGAAACUAAGAACAGUGUCCUGCAGUCCAAACUCAAUGAUCAUGCCAAUUCGUCACUUCCAUCUACAUCAUCUGCCAAAUCACUGUCUCACGGAAAGACUUCAUCAUUGUCGUCUUACGAAGAAGAAGAAAAUGGAGAGAUCGAGUACAGUGGAGAUGGAUUAAUCUCUGACAGCAACGAGUCGCUGGAGAUCGGCAAACUACCACCUGUAAAAGAGAAUCUUCAAAAGAAAUCUCUGAAAAAGACUAGGGGGGUGGUUGUUUCUGAAGAAAAAUACAGCUCUCCUGUGAAGUUGAAGUUCAGAAGUGGGAAAGUAGUCGACCUUCAGUCGGACAAUAGCGGCCCUAGAAAACUCAGAUUUAGAAGGGCAAGAAUCGUUGGGGCAGAAGAAGGCAAGGGUGCUUUGAGGAGGAGAAUCUUGAAAAAGGCUGGACUCAGCGAUGCUGCAUCUGGUGCAGAACUUUCGUCUGAAAAGGUCGUCUUAAAGCAUCAAGAUGUGCAGGGCAAGAAAGACGGUCAAGGUUUAUUCAAUAAUGUUAUCGAAGAAACUGCGAGUAAGCUUGUCGAGAGUAGGAUAAGUAAGGUUAGAGCCCUUGUGGGAGCUUUUGAAACUGUGAUUUCCCUACAAGAGACGAAACCUUCUAUGCAGGCUAUCGGUUGAGCGGUGAAAAAUUUCUCGUUAUCUUUUCUUUUUUCCUGUCAAUUUAGAGCAACUUUUUUAGGUGAAUAAUACGUGUGGGGGUUAUAAAGGAGUGAUAUUUGCAAGUUCCUAAUACUGCCAAAUAUGCGCCAUGUAGAUUUCUUCAGCGGCCAAUGGCGGUCAUGUUGGAUAGUAGGUUAUGCUUGUUCUUUCUUCUUUCUUAGGAUUUUUUAGACCGAGGGGAAGAGGGAGAAGGGAAAACUAUAUGUAGUUGGCCUUCCUUGAGUUGCUGAGUUUGACUUUGUGAAUUUCCGGAUAUGCUUGUUUCGGUUUUUAACACAGUAACAGAUUUUUUUUUUUUCUUCGUGUUGGUUUUCUAGUUGCUUUGUCUGGUUUGAAGAUGUCUUUUGCAAGACAAGUUUAAGGUUCAUGGAUGCUUGUUGUAGUGUGUGUUUGUGAUGGAUAUGGAAAUCUUGUAAAUAAACAGAGAGCGGUUUCUUUGAAAUUGUUGAGAUGUGUUA